AUGGCCGAGUGGACCAGUGAAGUCAAGUCAUCUAAGGCUGUCUCAACGCUGCCGUCACCGAGCAUUGGCCAAGAGGCGGCUGCAGACAGCGGCCCCAUUUGCCCCAAAGCCGUUGCGUGGAGCGAAAGACAGCCUGGCAUCUACCGGGAGAUUAUUCAAAAAGCGAUACACGACCCGGCUUCAGUGCGCGGCAUCCAGUGGAUGGAACUGGCCCGAGCUUUCUGCGGCAGCGUCAUUGAAAGCAAUGAAAACGCAGGAACGGUGGCCACAUUAUGCAUAUUUUUUAGUCAGGUGGACAAAACGAGGGCGUUCUUGUGCGCCCUGAUCAAGACAACCCGUGAGUGGUUUGAUCGGCGCGCUGAGCUGCUGCAGGCGCCCAAUGGCUACCCACGACGGUGGACGGCCUACGUGUUCCUGGUGACCGAGCUCUUCGUGGGACUGAAGCGGCAAAGAGCUCACGUCAGCACCAUCGCGCUAUUGGCGUUGUUGCUCCUCCAGUCUUGCCUAGUUAUUCUACGGACACCAAUGACUGGCAGCAGCACUGAGAUGGAGUGCCUGCGGUGGGUGCUGACGGUCGCCGGCCGCGACGUGCAGAGCACAAACGCGUGGCUCAUGGUGACGUUGAUUAGGCGCAUGCGCAAUGCCUUCGCGCAGUCGGAUGCAUCGACUAUGGCGCGCCACACGCUCCUCGAACUGAUCGAGCUGCACGCCUCCGGCUGGCAGCUGAACGCGGCGCAACUUCAGUACUAUUGCCCGCAUGCGAGACUGCACUGCUCCGAGGCGGGCGACAACAGCGCCGCAGUAGCUGCCGGUCCACAUUUUGGGAAUGCGAAUGCCAGCUGCGUAGGUGUGCGUGCCACGCAGCGAGCUGUUUAA